AUGUCAUUUCGGGAAUCGAUCAAGGACAUCGGCAUUCUCGGCUGCUCAGCCGGCAUCAGAAGCACAGUGCCAUUUGCCGCCAGUUGCGUCCUUUCCAACCUCUCACAACAGACCAACUUUUACUCACAACGCAUGCAGCUGCAGCCACCCUUCCUCGUCUUCCUGGCCUUCGGGGCGGCUGCUCCUACCAGGGAGACGCGGGGCUGCGGCUGCCCAACCGGGUCCUGGAGCGACACCCCUUACCCCCUCAACCUUGGCCGCUUCAGAGCGCCUAUCUCUCCUGGCGUCCAGCUCCGACCGCUGCGCCGCAACGGGGUCCUCGUUUGGGAAACCGUCCGGCGGACACAUCCUAACCUCACGACGAGCCGUACACGCAGCACGGGCUCCCGGGGGUUGCUGGGCACGCGCAGCUACAGCCGCAACCACAACUACAGCUACAGCCGAAUCGGCAGGAGCGGGGCUGGUCGGUGCUUUGCCAGCAGCGCGUCUUGGGGCCCUGGCGGUGAUGGCGGCAGUAGCGGCAGGGCCUCAUGCUCGUACAAUGACCCGGUGUCUCGUCCCAGGCCCUCCGUGGCUCAGACGCUGGUGCGGUGGCGGGGUGUGGUGGUGGCGGGCAGGGACAUCGACCGAGUGGCGAGGUUACACCGGGAGAACCCCGCCAUGCCCACCAUCUACCACAUAUUCAGCACGGGCGGCUUCAUCCACGCGGGCACCAUGUGGCGCUGGAUGGACGAGGUGGAGGAUGUGGCGCAGAGGAGGGACAUGCUCGAGGAGGAGCUGUCGUACGGCAUGGCGGGUUGGCAGGGGCCGCUGCUGAACGGCGUCCGGACGUUCAUGCAGAGCUACUUGCAAAGCAAGGGCGUCAAGAUGCGCACCGAGGAGGUGUACGACGCCUGGUACAACUUGGCGCCCGUAUGCCCCCAGCUGUACCUGUACAGCGAUGCGGACCCGCUGGUCUCCUCAUCGGAUGUGGAGAGAUACAUGGGCGUCCAGGAGGGUCGCGGAGUGGAGGUGAGCGGCUACAAGUGGCCCGACAGCGGCCACGUGGAGCACUUCCGCCGUCACCCCCACGAGUACGCCUACCAGAUCAGUACCUUCCUGGCGCGGUCGCUGCGGGACUGGUAG